GGUUUUGUAGGCCUCCACUCUCAGACGGCUCCUCAGUGCAACGCCAACCAGCAAGCCGGACGGUACUCCAGUUUUUAGAAAAAAACCGCAGCACAAUCGAAAACACAGACAUGGACAGCAAGCAGCCUCCACCAUACAGCGAGCAGAGCGGAUUCACCCCGGCACAGACAUAUCAACCAGGUGGUCCCACACAGCCGCCGUUGUACCCACCCAUGCCACAGCCGCCCCAGCAAUCCACGGUGAUCAUUCAGACGACGACGACCUCCAAUCUAGUGCCGAUCGGCAGCGGCCCCACCCGCAUUCGCUGCCCCUCCUGCCACGCCGAGGUGCUGACCACCGUGAAGAGCACCCCCUCGGGACGAACCCACUGCUGGGCGAUGAUCCUAUGCCUGUUCAUCUGCUGGCCCUGCGUGUGCCUGCCCUACUGCAUGGAUUCCUGUCAGAACGCCAACCAUUACUGCCCCAACUGCAGCGCAUACAUCGGCACCUUCGAGAACUAAUGUUCAUUUCUAUGUACGAGCCCUAUCCAUUAACGUCACACUAUGUACUAUAAUCAACUGUAAAUAUAUUUGUAUUAGCAUCACAAGACGACACAUUAAACACAAGAUUCCAACAGGAAAAGGAAAUGCGAUAAA